AGAGGGUGUGGGCGGGGAGAGGUGCUGACUAGCAGGCAGUUCACCCAAUGAAGGGCGGAAGCCGCUGGAGGGGGCCAGGCGAGUUGGCUAGAGGCGGGCGACUGUGGCAGCCGGGUGUGUGCCAUGGCGGAGCCGGUGAGGAAAAAGGGCCGGCGGCCCAGAGGCGGCGGUGUCGGCCGAAGGGCUCGGGGAUCCCGGGGCGGCCGUGGCCGGCAUCCUGGCGCUCAACGGUCGCCAGCCCGGCGCACCCUGGACUCGGUGCUUGUGGACUUGGUCAGCGACAGCGAUGAGGAUGUCUUGGAGGUCGCAAAGGCGCGCGGCGCUGCGGACCCGGCCGAGGUCCCGCCCCCGGAACCCCCGGUGCCGGCCGCGCCCCGGGACGACAACGACAGUGACAGCGAAGGGGCGGACGCACGGCCGGCUGAAACCCCUCGGGUCUUGGUCAGGCGGCGGCGGCGGUUGCUGCUGGAUCCCGGGGAGGCACCGGCGGUUCCAGUAUACUCCGAGAAGGUGAAAAGCAGCCUCCACCUCAUCCCAGACCACACGUCCCUCCUGAAAUUCUGCCCCCCAGAGACUGAGGAAGAGGCGGACAUGGCAGAUUCCAGCAGUCUCCACGCCGAGGAUUCCCCACGUCCCAAUUCUCCCUGGAAGAAGAAGCUGAGGAGUAAGGAUGGAGAAGAGAAGAAAGAGAUGUUACCGGUUCAGGACACCUCACCUUUGCCUCCACGUCUGCCACGGACCAACAGCAGGAAGCAUACUCGGGCACUCCAGAAGUUAAGAGAGGUGAACAAGCGCCUCCAAGAUCUCCGUUCCUGUCUGAGUCCCAAGCAGCCCCAGGGCCAGGACCACCUGAGCCAAGAGGAUGAGGUGGUCCUACUGGAGGGGCCCACUCUCCCAGAGAACCCUCGGCUCUUGCCGCUCAAAAUCCAGUGCCGGGCUGACCUGGUCAGAUUGCCCAUCAGAAUGUCGGAGCCCCUCCAGAGCGUGGUGGACCACAUGGCCGCCCGUCUUGGGGUGUCCCCAAGCAGGAUCCUCUUGCUCUUCGGAGAGACAGAGCUGUCCCCUACCGCCACCCCCAGGACCCUAAAGCUUGGAGUGGCUGACAUCAUUGACUGUGUGGUGCUAGCAAGUUCUCCGGAUGUCGCAGAGAAGUCCCACCUGCUCCAGCUGCGGGUGCAGGGGAAGGAGAAGCACCAGCUGCUGGAAGUCUCGCUGCCUCGAGAUUCUCCUCUCAAGACCCUCAUGUCCCGCUACGAGGAGGCCAUGGGACUCUCGGGCCGCAAGCUCUCCUUCUUCUUUGAUGGGACAAAGCUUUCAGGCAGGGAGCUGCCGGCUGAUCUGGGCAUGGAAUCCGGGGACCUCAUCGAGGUCUGGAGCUGAAACCCCACUCCCUGUUUAGAGGUCCAGCUUGGACUUGGGGAGAGCGGCUGCCCCUGUUUGGCCCCAUAAGGGCUAGCUGAAACUGAGGUAGAACUUAUCCUCAAGCUGAAGCAAAAUCAAGGAGUGAUCUUGGACCACCCCCGCCCCGCCCCGCCCUGCCCCGUUGACCCUGGUUUCAAGCCGGUAGCUACCUGAUUAGUUGUGUGGUGGUCCUUGCUGCCCUGGGUGGACUGUGGCUCCAUCCACAGGGUGUGCUGAGUUUUGCAGUCUCCUGGGACAUGGAGAAGGUAUCCCUUACCCUCACCCUUUCCCCUCCACCAUCACCCUUUCCUUUAUCGAAAUGUCUCUUUUAUGAGACGGCUCCUAUUGAAAGAGUGAGUUGAAAUCAACAUGAAAUCCCAGGUAUGGGAUUCCAGGCCUGGCAUUUAUGCCACGUCCAGGACCAGCAGUGGCCUCAGUGUCAUUGUGGGGUGGGGGUGAAGUUUGCUUGAGGCACAUACGCGGGUGUGGCUCCUCAGCCUGCAGGAAACUAGAUGAUCAAGCUCACGCAUGCAUUAGCUUCAGCAGAGGCAGACGAUGGGUUAUUCUUUUGAAGAAUAUAGUAGAUUCUCAGGCUUGGGUGUCUUCCUCACCCCAGGACCCUUUCAAGCCACCUUCCUGAUGCACACACAUUAUUUAAGGCAUAAUUGAGCACCUUGAGCCUUUUGGUUUUGGAUCUCAGGAUUCCAGUCCACGCAAGGCUUCUCUGGUUUUAUGGCUUUUCCCCUUCACUCCAUCCUCUCCCAUAAGCGUCCAUUUUAAUGUUUUGAUUACAUGUUUCUGAAUGUGACUGUAUCCUUGAAAAAUGCCAUGUUGUAUGUGUGAAUAUACUUUUUCCACAUGUA